AUGGAAACUGGCAUCAGCAUUUCUUUCGACGACCCCCCAAACUCCAAAUUCUAUCGCAGCGGGUCGAUAGUUAAGGGGACAGUAAAACUGAACCAUUCGGGAUCUCCAAGACUCUCGAUCAAACUGAGAUGCGAUUCGAGUGUUAGGCGAAAGGACUUUCACCAGAUUUGGCAUCGCCUGCUUGACUUGGACAUGCAAAUUGAGAAAAGUACUUCGCCACCUCUAGAUUAUUGGAAUCACACCGUUCCGUUCUCUUUUGUACUUCCUGGCAGUCAUGAAGGCUGCUCCCAUGAUGUGGACAGCACACAAAUUCAAAAGCUUCAUUCAUGCCUCCCGCCUACAAUAUCUCACCUGGACAAAGAAGCAAGACGAGCUAUGUUUCCAGCAGGUGUUGAAAUCGAGUAUAUUAUCGUUGCGGAAGUCUGGUCGUAUGGACGUACACGAAUGGAAAUUGGGCGACCAUUCAAUGUUCUACCGGCUCUCGUUGAACAUUCACUUUUGAUACCAAAUAUGGUUGACGAUACAAAGAUGACAGCCACUCAACAACUUAAAUCAAAGUUCUUCACAGGCAACUCAGGACAUAUCAAUUUGUCUGUAAACCCACCUACGACUCUAGUCCUCCCCGUUGGUAGUGGAAGUCUCCCACCAAUCGACAUUACUGGCUUCUUCUGCUUAGAAUUCUCCAAAGGCAAGCCUGCUCUCCCUCAAAGCUGUAUCUUCUCUGCAAAGUUCGAGUCACAAACGUGGUCACAAACAGCACCCAUGCAAGAACUACCAGAUAUCCAAGAGGUCAAGAACUGCCAUAGUGUCUCUGAAGUUCUUGAAAGAAACGCGGAGAUGAAUUUAGUCUGGGAAAGAAAUGCGUCUGAAGAGACAAACACUGUCGCAUCAUCGAGUGUCCAAAACUUCACGGCUCAAAUUAAAGCUCUGAUUCCGGCCUUCUCAUCGUCCGAAAGGGUUUUUCCGCCAACGUUCUAUUCUUGCCUGAUUGCAAGAACGUAUCGCCUACAUAUCACGAUCAUCAUUGCAUCAGUACCCCUAAGAUUGGUUCUACCCCUACAGUUGUAUAUCAAGAAUGAGGGUUCAAGCGGGAAAUGCUAA